CGCGCGGCCCUUUAAACGCGGUCUGCUCCCUGGCUGUGCGGGUGUCCGAGGUUUCUGCUUAAAGGCCUUUCCUGGUCGGUUCCGAGGGGACAGGUGAAGGGCAAGGUUCUCUUGGGUAGGGAUCCGGAAGCUGUGGUUCAGGCUUGAGCGAGUAAAAUAGGGAUCCAGUCGGAGGAAGGGGCGUUGCUGUUGGCACCGUGCGGCCCUCUGUCUCCCCAGUUCAGCGUAAGCUCCCUGGGGCCCACCGCUACCUCCUGAAGCCGAUGGAAGGGCGCGAGAAAGGCUGUUGAAAGAAUAAACGACCGAGUAAGGUCCAGUGGAAAUGGCCAGGUGUCUCUGAAAUCCGCCCCAGCCAGGUGGCCAGCCACAGAGGGCUCAGCCUGAGCAUGGCAGAGGAACGGCACGGGACCUGGUUCGGCUUUGGUUUCUGUGGCUUUGGGCAAGCACUGGGCUCUGGGAACGGGUGCCAUUCGGUACACAGCCCCGAACCACUGAGUACCAGUGAUGACAUUUGCCGAGUGAGCGCAAGCUGGAGCUACACUGCCCUGGUGACCCGUGGAGGCCGGGUAGAGCUGUCGGGUUCAGUGAGCAGCGCAGCAGAAGGCUGCAGGGACGCCUGGGCUUCGGAGGAACUCCUGGUGCUACUGCGGGCCAAGGGCGGGCCCAACACCGAACUGCAGGCCUGGCCACCAGGCUCCGCGCUGCAGGGGGAGCCCCUCUGGGUCCAGAGCCUGGAUUCUGGAGCAGAGGCCCAAGGAGAAGACGAACCCAGCAGGGAGGCCAGGGCAGGGACCCUGCCGCUGCUGCCUGGCGCCCGUGCCUAUGUGAACCCACGGCCACCCUUCUGCAAGCCUCUGGCCCCAGAGCUGCGGGUGCGCCAGCUGGAGCUGGGCACUGAGCAUGCGCUGCUGCUGUGCGAAGCUGGCCAGGUGUUCUCCUGGGGUGGAGGCAGGCAUGGGCAGCUGGGCCACGGCACGCUGGAGGCAGAGCUAGAGCCAAGGCUUCUGGAGGCACUGCAGGGCCUGCGGAUGGCUGAGGUGGCCGCGGGUGGCUGGCACUCUCUGUGUGUGAGUGAGUCUGGGGAUAUUUAUAUCUGGGGCUGGAACGAAUCAGGGCAGUUGGCCCUGCCCAGAAGGAACACAGAAGAGGAGAGGAAAACCGUGAGAGGCACGGAAUUGAGUGAAGACUGUCUUGAAGGAGCAGCAGCCGCCCUGGGUGAUGUUGGCGCUCCUGCCCACUUCAUAGCCAUCCAGCCCUUCCCAGCUCUACUGGAUCUUCCCCUCAACUCGGAUGCAGUCAAGGCCAGCUGCGGAUCCCGACACACAGCUGUGGUGACACGAACAGGAGACCUCUAUACUUGGGGCUGGGGCAAAUAUGGACAGCUUGGCCACAAGGACAGCACCAGCUUGGAUCGACCCUGCCGUGUGGAAUACUUUGCAGAAAAACAACUCGAAGUAAGGGCUGUCACCUGUGGACCCUGGAAUACCUAUGUCUAUGCAGUGCAAAGAGAGAAAGUCUGAUAUAUAUGCCAGGUGGAUGCCCAGCCACUUAAGGUGUGUGGGUGAGAAUGAACUCUUGCAAAUUAUUUACUUCAGUAUGCUGGCACAGGUGCAUGGAAACAAACAGUGCCCUUGCAUCCUAAAUGCUGGGAUUAAAAGUGCAUGACAUUUAAAAAAUUUCUAAAACAAAGGAUAAAGAUAAAUCUUACAAAAGAUGUAUGAAAGAUGUAUGAAAGAUAUAUAUAGAUAUAUAUAUAUAUAAAAAUUGUUUAUUUUUGGAGCAGUGCCAGGGAUCAAAAAAACCAAGGCCUUCCAUCAGUAAUGGAGCCUAGCCCAGAAGCUUUAAAUAGCUGCAAAAUAAAAUACUGAAACAUGAAAAUAUGUAAAUAAAGUAUUACCCAAAUGAGAAUAAAGAGUAAAUCCAAACUAUUCUGAGAUUAGA